UUCGAUAAAGACAACGGUAAUCCCAUCGUUAAAUACUCCAUCUUUCGUUCAAUCCUAUCUUCAUAAUCAAAGAUUUCAGUUCAUAAUUAUCCUCCCAUUUCAGAAGAGAUUGAUUCUUUGGAGGUUCAAGACACAUGGGUAGUGCAUCUUCGACUCUAACUCAAUAUGAUAUCGAAGAUGUUCAAGAACACUGUAAUAAUCUAUUUUCCCAACAAGAGAUAGUUUCUUUGUAUCAAAGAUUUUGCCAACUUGAUCGAACUGCAAAGGGUUUUAUUUCUGCCGAUGAGUUUUUAUCGGUACCGGAGUUUGCAAUGAAUCCUCUGUCCCAGAGAUUGCUUAAGAUGGUGGAUGGUUUGAACUUUAAGGACUUUGUGAUAUUCUUGUCGGCUUUUAAUCCUAAAGCAAGCAUGCCCCAGAAGAUUGAACUUAUCUUCAAAGUAUACGACUCAGAUUACAAUGGUAAGGUGACAUUCAAUGACAUAAUGGAGGUGUUGCGGGAUUUAACCGGCACAUUCAUGUCAGAUAAGCAAAGAGAGGAAGUUUUGAUCAAAGUAAUGAAGGAAGCUGGUUAUAGUAAAGAUUCUUCUCUGUUGUUGGAUGAUUUUGUUAAGAUUCUUGACCAUCCUGGAUUGAAGAUGGAUGUGGAAGUCCCAGUUGAUUAAGAUGGCUUGAAAACAGAAAACUGACCAUUUUGAAAUCUCUUUUCUGCAAAAACCAUCCUCCUCUAGAACUGUUUUCGGCACCACAGAAGCAGCUGCAGUUGUGAAUAUGGACAAGCUAGGUGCAUAAAUAAGAUUGGGAAUGUGUAUAAUUAGUGAACCUUCGGCUUUAUAUGUAAAUUGUUAUGAUAAUUAAAUGAAAUGUGUUAUGUCGAG